AUGUUUUUUAUUUAUCUUUUAGUUACAGCCGCUCUGGCAAAUGCGAACGACUUGUUUGGAACAUGGACCACCAAAUCUCGUGACGUUCUUACUGGUCCAGGAUUCUACGAUCCGCUCAACGACAAGCUGCUCGAGCCGAAUCUAACGGGCAUUUCAUAUUCAUUUGAUGAUGAUGGAAAUUAUGAAUCCGCAUACUAUCGGGCAAUCUCAAAUCCUACCGACCCAUCAUGCCCCGGAGGGAUAAUGCAAUGGCAGCAUGGGGCUUAUACCGUGUUUGGCAACGGAACUUUGUUAUUGACUCCAAUUGCUGUCGAUGGCCGUCAGCUGCUGUCCGACCCCUGUCGGAAGAAGUCAGGUCACUACACACGAUAUAACACCACCGAGGAGUUCAAGGGAUUUACCGUAGAUGUUGACAAGUUCAAUCGCAUUAAACGCCUCGAUUUGACCAAGGCUGAUGGCUCGGUCGUCAAUCCCAUGUUCCUCGCCUACCAGCCACCAAAGAUGCUCCCUACCACUACAUUGAACCCCAUUCCAACCGGUGAUAAGCGAAAACGAGAACUAUCGUCAACGUCAGGAUUCCAGCUGACCGCAAGAGAACAGCUGGUCAAUCCAGACCGAUGGUGGUGGUUGGGUGUUCUGAUGACAUCUCUUGGAGGUGUAGUUUUCUUCUGCUCAUGA